UUUCUUGAAUGGCACUUUGUUUCACACUUCACAUGUCUUUAUAUUUACCUUAUAUACUUCGUUCCAAACAAACGAAUUCUUACAUCAAUGGCUUCUUUCUCUUUGUCAUCUGACUCUACUCUUACAUCUUCUCAAUCGUGGAGUUAUGAUGUUUUUCUUAAUUUUAGAGGAGAAGAUAUCCGCAGGACAUUUGUAGACCAUCUAUACUCUGCUCUUGUAGAUCGGCUAAUCCGUACUUACAAGGAUAACGAAGAACUUCACCGUGGUGAUACAAUCAGUUCAUCCCUCUUUGAUGCUAUUAGGGGAUCGAAGAUUGCCCUCAUUAUAUUCUCCAAAAACUACGCUGAUUCAUCUUGGUGCUUAGAUGAACUUGCAUAUAUCAUGGAAUGCAGGCGUGAGAGAGGGCUGAUCUCUAUUCCCAUAUUUUAUCAUGUUGACGCCUCGGAUGUGAGACAACAGAAGGGGGAUUUCGGAAAAGCAUUUUCCAAACAAGAGAUGAAGAACCCCAUGAAAGUUGAGUCAUGGAGAAAAGUACUCGUCAAUGCAAGUAACAUUGCUGGAUGGGAACCUAAAUACAUUGCGAACGGGCAUGAAGCAGUUGGCAUCAAACAAAUUGUUGAUACAAUUUUAGACAUAUUAUUUUCCUUAAAUCCAUAUGUUGAUGAAACCCUUGUUGGAAUGGGUACUCGCUUGUAUGAUUUGAAAUCAAAGUUAGAAAUUGGGAAAGGUGGUGUAUGAAUGGUUGGGAUAUGGGGGAUUGGUGGU